CUUCCUUUCUCUUUCAGAAAAAACCCUAAUUCGAACUUUUUUAACUUUAAAAUCUAUUUACCUCUCAUCUGCAACUAUCAAUUUUUAUAAUCCGUGAGCUGUUUAUUCCUUUGUUUAUACGCACCGUUUUAGCCAUAGACAAACUAAAAGCAAGCUUAACCCACUGUCGUCUUCUUCGCAGAUCACAGCUUUAAAGCCAUCUUGGGUACUUUCUGAUUUCUCUUCUUCCAGAAUCUCUCUCUCUCUCUCUCUCUGUCAAAUUUUAUUAGCUCAUGCUUUGUUUGUAGCUUCUUCUUAAAUGGGUCUGCGUAAGUAAGCAAAUCUCUCUGCACCAUCUCCAUAUCUGUGUCUCUUGGAAGCAUUCAGUCUUCGAGCGGCGGAGACGAAGAGUACGAUUCACGCGUCGAAUCCAUCUCAGCUUUUCUUCAACGUUAACAAGAACAACAACCCAUCAAGCAGCUGCCAUGGCGGUCCCCACGCCGAACCAGCCGCCGCCGCACCAUAAUCAGCAUCACCAAACACUCUCCUCUUCCUCUCUCUUCGACCCUUUCUUUGACCCCUUAUCUUCAAGAUCACCAAACCCAAACUCACUUCUCAAUCUCGACAUCGUCUGGUCGAAAACUUUAAGAUCCGAACCCGAUCUUGGCGGGUUUAUGUCCGCUUCGUCCCCAACUCAACAUUUCUUAACCACCCAACAACAAGCUGCGGCGGUCACGACGACAUCGGCCGCUGCGCAGAGCAGAGCAGCCAGUUUUCCUGGUGCACAGAUCGCUCAUCAAGAACCGGAAAGCUGUAACACAAGAGGCUCGGUGUCAACAGACCAAACCAUUAACGCCACCGGAAAUAAUAUGAACAGCGGCGGUGGCGGAACUAACAUGGCACGGAACCCAAAGAAGAGAUCCAGAGCUUCAAGGCGUGCUCCAACAACUGUGUUGACCACAGACACCACUAAUUUCCGAGCCAUGGUUCAGGAGUUUACUGGGAUCCCUGCACCGCCAUUCACGUCGUCAUCUUUCCCGAGAAGCCGCCUUGAUCUGCUUGGCACACCGUCCUCCACUCUAAGGUCAUCUAUCUCUCCACCUCCAUACUUACUCAGACCAUUUGCUCAGAAAAUCCACCCACCCCCUUUUAUCCCUUCUUCUUCUUCUUCUUCUUCUUUGGUUGACGCCAUAGCCACCACCUCCACCACCACCGCUAACUUCGUAACUCCUAAUACUUCAACUUCAUCCGUUAACUACCACUUACUACCCUCCGAUCAUUUAGGCCUUUUAAAACAACAGUCUCAUAAUCUCCUCAACAUAAAUACACAAAAUCAAAACACCCCAAUUCUCAACUUUUCUCUUCUUCAACCUCCGCCUUCCAAAUACACACUUCCCAUCUCCGCCGUUCAUGGCGCCAAACCACAAGGCUCCACCUUAGACAUUAGCCCACCGGCCGAGUCUCAUCUCAAAAUGGGUGUUCUCGAGGAGUUUGGCUUGAGCCAUGCCCAUGUUGGCUCCAACCUUACCGGUCUUCAAACCAUCGUGUCUUCAUCGGACGUGACAUUGCCUGCAACGGAUAACAAGAGCAAAAGCAAUAGUCAUGCUGUGAACUGGGGGGGCGGCUCAGCUGGGUCGAAUGAGAGCGGUCAAGGUCUGUUAAGGUCCAUUAAUGGCGGCAACUAUGGUAAUUCUCAGAGAGUCGUGGUCGUCGCCACCAAUGAGAGACUGAACAACAACUACGGUCAACAAGGCAAUUCUUCAUCGGAUUUUCAUGGAGAUAAAGGUACUGGACUGCCCGAGAACGUUACAGCGAGAAGUGAAGGUAUGGUGGAAACAUGGAUAUGUUCAUCAGAUUAGAGAUAGAGUACUACUCCCUAGUGUCAGCAUGAACCCCAAAAAGAAGAAAAAAAAAAAAAAAGUUUUUCAGAAAAUGGAAAAACAAGAAAAUCAAGAAAGAAUAUGAAGAAAGAUGCAUGAAAGGAGAUGGAAUCUCUAACUGUUCUCCAUCUUAACACCAUGACUUUUAAACAUGAUUAAAUCACCAUUGUUUUUUCUUUCUUUAUAAAUUACAUCUAUGUAAAUAAUAGCUAAUUUCUUUUUCUGCCUUUCACAUUGCCAUAAUAUUCUGAUCCUUUCUACA